AUUUGACUUUCAUUCUUUCCUUGUCUCUCCUUUUCGUGGUUUCUGUCCGUGCAUCAAGUUAGACAACAACACGCCUUUAUUUUGUGUUAUUUUUUUAUAUUUUAUUUAUCGGCAAGACGUGAACAGAGCACAUGUCGGCAACCGCGGAUGAGACAACGCCUCUGUGGCCAGAAGGUGCAGUUCACAACGCCAAUCAUCUAGGAGAACAUGAGGACGAUGAGCAUGAGAUAAACUACGACCUUCCAAGACACAGGAGUUUUGAGCAUGGACCCCCUGCAGACCCAUGGCGCAUUUCAUACUGGAUCAUGGUCAUCCAAGGAGCCUCAAUGCUCUUACCCUGGAACGUCUUCAUUACUGCACAGGAAUUCUUUAAGCUGAGAUUUCGAGGAUCGCCUUUUGAACAUGACUUUCAAAAUUAUUUCUCAGUGGCAUUCAUGAGCACCAAUCUAAUCGUUGUUGGAAGCUCUAUUCUGAUUCAAAAGCAGGCACCAGGAACAACACAUAUUAUUGGGAGCUUACUACUCAAUGCGGCGGUCUUUCUGUCAAUUCUGGUGUCUAUCCAAACCAAUUACGAGAUCGACUCAACCACUUACUUUUUCUUUACUCUGACCAUGCUCUCACUGUCAGCAAUCUCGACAUCGAUUGUACAAAACGGCAUGUUUGGCCUUGCCUCUAAAUUUACAGGCCAUCAUGUCCAAGGUGUCAUGCUUGGUCAAGGAGUUGCAGGCGCUGGAGUUGCCAUCUCUCAGAUUGUCACACAUAUCCUUUCCCCAUCUAAAGGUGAUUCUUACUUGGACGACUAUAUUGGCCCUGUGUCGACAUCACCAUCCUUAGUUGCAGAAUUCGGGGGUGGCAGUGGCAACAGAGGCAGGAGACAAGGGUUGGAGCACUCUGCAUUCUUGUUCUUCUCGUUCGCAUUGCUCUUUACUGUGAUCUCAGUCCUGGCGCAGGCACUUUUGAUUCGCUUACCCAUAUAUGAAUACUACACAGAGGAACAGCCCCGUCGACCAAUUGAGUUCUUAGCACCACCUUCACCCCGUUUCAAUAGCGUCACCCUCGCUGAAGGCAAUCACGACGAUAACAAUGUUGCUGCUAACGGAGCUGGUGAACAGGAUGCCACUAUUAUCCGUCGCAACUCAACAAGUUCGGCUGCCACGGCCGUCACUAUCACCCCAGCUAUGAUUGAAGAAGCCAAUCGUCGUCAGACAGAGGAAGCUGUCCGGCGAGCGGAAGCAGAGAGAGUGAACCAUUACCGGAGCGCAAGUCUAGGAGCGACUGCGCUAGCAAAUGAUGCAAAUGCCAUGCGAUUAAUGCAAGAUAUCUAUCCAAGGAAGAAGGCACAUCCACUCGUCAUCCUUUAUAUCUCCAUUACCCUAGUGUAUGGACUAACUCUAUCACUCUUUCCUUCAUUAACCGGCUUGGUGGAAUCCACCAACACUGCGCCUGAUCGAUCCCGACUUGCCAAAGAUCUGUUUGUUCCGCUGCACUUCCUCACUUUCAACUUGGGCGACUGGACUGGAAAGGCAUUGCCAUCGUUUGCUUUGUUCGCUCCCAGCACGCAACAUCCGACGCGAAGACAGCAGUUGAAGUAUUUGCUCUCAUCACUCACACGAUUCAUCUUCAUCCCUAUUUUUCUGACUGCCAAUCUGCCUAUCCCUUCAAACACGAGGUUGUUACCCUUGUUGAUCCAACGAGAUGAAGUCUGGUUUGCACUAGUCUUUUUGUUUGCCCUGUCGAACGGGUACCUGGGAAGUAUCAUUAUGAUGGUUGGUCCAGCUUGUGUGCUUGGAGGCGAGAAUAAGGCCCGUGCAGGCGUCAAGUUGGGCUUCUGGUUGACUGCUGGUCUUGCUCUUGGAAGUGCUGCCAGCUUUGGUGUACGUAAACUGAUGUGUGCUCGAGGGGGGUGUCCAACUUGAAAGCCUCCUGAACUCAAGACUUCUUGUAUAUAGUAAUCAAUGAAAAACAAGAGUAUUUCCUACUUUAAACAUUACUUUCACAUUCAAUUUCAAAGAUGCUUAGUCUCUUUGACAGAUUUUGAUUUUUAUGAGCGGGACGGUAAAAGUACAUUUAUUGUGUUGAACAAUGGUUAUAAAAAAAUAAGAGGUGAACAAGCAAAAAAAGUCUACAUACAAAAGGAUUGAAAAACUUGGUGCAAAUGAUAGUGGGUUGGGGGAUAUUUUGAUUUUAAAAAGUUUUUUUUUUUUUUUUUUUUUUUUUCUUUUUU